AUUAGUCGGCAGAAGAAGAAGAGGCCGAGCAGAAACAGACAGAUGCGUUAGCUUUUAUUAUUGGACUAUCAUCAGUCUUCAACAUAGCAUUUCACAUUCGCAGCCAUGGAGUUGUCUGAAAUACUGUACAACAAAGCGGAGUACAUUGAGACGGCUUCUGGCAAUAAAGUGAGCAGACAGUCGGUGCUGUGUGGGAGUCAAAACAUCGUCCUGAAUGGCAAAACUAUUGUCAUGAAUGACUGCAUCAUCAGAGGGGACCUGGCUAAUGUCAGGGUGGGGAGACACUGUGUUGUCAAGAGCCGGAGCGUCAUAAGACCACCUUUCAAAAAGUUCAGCAAAGGAGUGGCAUUCUUCCCGCUGCACAUCGGAGACCACGUCUUCAUCGAGGAGGACUGUGUGGUCAACGCGGCACAGAUUGGUUCCUACGUCCACAUUGGCAAGAACUGUGUCAUAGGUCGCCGAUGUGUGCUGAAGGAUUGCUGUAAGAUCUUAGACAACACUGUGCUUCCUCCUGAGACUGUGGUGCCUCCUUUUACUGUCUUCUCCGGAUGCCCAGGUCUAUUUUCAGGGGAGCUCCCUGAGUGCACGCAGGACCUGAUGAUCGACGUGACCAAGAGCUACUACCAGAAGUUCCUGCCCCUCAGCCAGAUCUGAGUACCGCCUCCCAAAACCUUCAGUGUGGCCCGCCCACUCUCCACCUUUUUAGGGUCAGGGUCACUGAAGGGACUGAAAUGAACUCUGAGAGCUCAACUUCUGUCCUUCACCUACCCAGAGGCCCUGAGUUUCUCUCUGCCAAAGGAAAAAAAAACAUUUAGUCCUGUUAUAUGAUUCUAGUUGUUUCAGCAUGUGGAGAGCACAUCAUGAAUAUAAUGUAAUACAGCUGCACAGGCUCCAAACUGCAGUGUAAAUUCACAAAGCCUAGAAGGUGUUUUUACUAAACUCUGUAAAGAAGGGUCAUGUUUACCACCCACUACUCAGUCUUAGGUUGCCUCUAGAGCAUACAGAAAAAAAACCUUUAAUCCCAAUACUUUGAUUUUCUAAAAAGAGUACUUUUGUGUAAUCUGACAUUUUUUUUCCUGGUCAGUGUGCCAUGGAGAAACUCAGGGACCUCUACAGGGUUGCUGAAGGAGACAGAGGUCAGUUUGGAGGAAGUUGCCUCUUUGAUGAAGAUGAGGAUGUGUGGAGGAGCCUUGAAAGGAAAGAAGUUGAAGGAUGGAGGUGUUUGGAGGAUCUGGCAGCGCGGCUUGUAAUAUAGAACACACCCCCCCUCGGACCAAAACAGUUGCAGCAACAGUUGUUUUGAGGAUGCUGACAGGGCAGCACGCUCACUGAAGUACUCUGUUGUUUUAUUCUCAUUGUCCAAUGUGUGUUUGUUUGCUUUCUCCUUUACGGAUUUACACAACCUGGAAAAACUUAUUUAAUACUGUUUCAAACAAUCAAAUCCACUACAAUGUUAAUUUGAAUAUGUUGUGUGCAGGAUAGCCCUCAUGUUCUGUGAGCAUACAAUAGGAAGACAACACUUUCAAAGCAGCAAAUAAAUAUAAAUGC